AUGUUAGCGACUGUAUUCAGUAACCGUGUUCCUUUAGCUGAUGCAAUGAUGAAUGGGGAAUCAUUUGGAUUAUUGCGCAUCCUCCCUGUUCGUACAACCCCUUCUCUCAACAGAAGUGGUAAUUUUGGUGUUGAUUUGUUGAAACCACAAUGUUGGCAACCUACAGCUGAAACAUACAAUAAGUGGAGAGCGAGGGUUCGUGCUUUGGGUAAUUAUGCAAAAUGGCACCAAGGGGAGUUAUUUAUACACAACUUUGGACCCAGCGAUCGUCAGUUGUUUAAUGAUGCAGUUAUGAAAUUUGGUCUUCCACCACCUGGUAUUAUUCCGCCCCGAAAUUGGCUUCCAUCAGCUUUACAUCAUAAAUCUCACCUUCAUCUCUUUGGUUAUGUGGACUUAUACAUGAAGCAUCUAUGUGAUGACCGAUAUGCUUUAGAUGAUUCGAAAGACACAUGGUCCGAUGGUUUACCUAAGGAACACCUGUGCGUCCCUGCUGUACUAUCACGUGUUGCAAUGCUGGUUCUUAUUAGAAAUAAAGUAUUAGAAUAUGAAGAUAUUAACGGUGCAAGAAGUAUUGCUACUGAUGUAAGUCCUGUUUCUCUCAUUACCACUGAUUAAAAUUGGCUCUCUACAAUGUGGACUAUGGUUUCUUUUUAUUUUAUAGUAAUAAUAAUAAAAAUACUCAUGCUUAUUUUAUUAUUAUUAUUAUUCCAGCCGGAAUUAUAAUCUGUUUACAUAUUGUCCUGUGGUAUAUCUUAGCUGCGUGUCAGCUAUCCGGUAGUGAAAUAUGGUUUAGGCUUGCGAGUGUGUAACCGGUUGAAAACAAAAAGUUGUGAUCGCAUUGGGGAAAAUGUCUGAUAAAACUUAUAUGAAAUGAUAAACACCUCUGUUGUUUUCUCCUAUCAACAAAUAUAUAUAUAUAUAUAUAUAUUUACAUAAACGCCUUUGCUUUUUGUCUAUUGAUAGGAUGAAUAUUCUGAAUUUAAAUUU